AUGGCCUCACCGUUGCACAACCAUCGUGGAGCAGAAAGAAGUGAUGGGGAGCUGUCGAGCGGCGACGACGAGCCGGCGGUCAAGUGCGCCCGCGUCCCUGCCAUCUCGGAACAGCAAUCGAGCUCGGGCACCAAAUGGCGUCAGUUGAUCGUGGAGCGCGAGCUGGACCGGGUCGGCGAGGUUCGACUGCAGGAAAACAUCGUCAACCGUGGCAGCGAAACGUUCGAGCCACCGCCCGUGCAAGCUUCUUCGGUGGCCGCUCCGCUGAUCGCCGUCUCGCCCGCCGACGACGAGGACCCGUUCGCCGGGCCGCCCGAUUUGGCCAGCAUCGAGACGUUUGGUUUCAGCAAAAAUGAGCCCAGAAGAAAAGAGGACGACCGCGGCUUCCGGCGACAGCCUUGCUACGUCGCCGGACGCUUGAUGACCGAACGGCCGCCAAAAAACUUUCGCAUCAAGCCAAAGCAACCGGGCGCCGGCGACAAGGUGGCUAAACCAGUGGAACAACCGGCUGGCCGUGGUCGUGGGGGCGCGGCUCGAGGACAUGGCCCGCGCGGGAUGCCGAUGCGGGGUGGCCGUGGCGGCCGAGGCGGCGGUCCGGCCGGGAUGUCCAGACCCGGGCAGGCAAUGAAACGCCCUCACGAACAACGGUACGAGCAGCGGCGGUACACGUUGGAGGGGCUGCUGGAAGCCGAAUUCGAUCCGGCGCUGAGCAUUGAGGAUUUUAGUCGGCAGAUGGCCGAGGCGCUUGGCGAGAUGAACGUCGAGCUGUUGACGAAGUUGGUGACGUUGGCGGGCAAGGAAAAGGCCUACGAAGUGUUCGACAAGACGCGCCAAAUCGAGAAGGGCGGCGGGAUGAAGACGGCUGAUGGAAGCAGGCAGCGCACCCCGGGCGGCAUCUUCAUCUACCUGCUGAAGGCCGACGAGUCGCUGCCAAAGGAAGAAGUGGCCGCCAUCUUCGCUCCCAGCCUCAUCGAGCAGCGCAGAAUCGCGAAGGCGAAGAAGCGCAGACGUCUCAACGAGGCAAAAGCCCAAGCAGCAAUGGAGGUUGAUGGGCAACAGGACGACGUCAAGCCGCCGAUCGAAGCGGAAACGAUGGCCGCCGAG